AUGUGUUGGGUAUGUCAGUGGUGGUUUGCGAGCUCGUGGUAUUUUUGUCAAAGACACCGAAUAAGAGAAAUUCUUACAACGAUUGAUCCAGCUGGCAGAGCACUGCGUAGGAGGACUGCUAUUCAAAGCAGGCGGUACAAUGUCAGAGCUUCUAAUCAUAUGUGGCGCAUUGACGGCAACCAUAAACUGGUCAGUUGGAGGUUUGUUGUACAUGAUUGUACAGAUGGCUAUAGCAGGGCAAUUGUAUACUUAAAGUGUGCACUUAACAACUUGUCAUCUACAGUCUUACGAUAUUUUAUUGAGGGAACCCAUGAGUUUGGAUUGUCUCUGCGUGUGAGGGUUGACCAUGGAGUCGAAAAUGUUGAGGUUGCAAGGUUUAUGGUUGAGAGGAGAGGUGUCAAUCGAGAUACUUUUAUAGCAGGACGUAGUGUUUACAAUGUCAGAAUUGAGAGACUUUGGCGGGACAUGAACAGGUUUGUCUCAUGA